AUGAACGGUAACCUCGAAAGGGAGACGUACAUCGGGCACGAGGCCCAACACAUGAGGGGGGUCCUGGCCCUGAAGCGUCCCAUUAAGAACGGGAUCAUUCGGAACUGGGAUGAAAUGGAGAAGAUUUGGCAUCACACGUUCCAGCGGCUGUGCGUGGAUCCGGACGAUCACCCCGUCCUGCUGACCGAGGCGGCCAUGAACCCGUCGGAGAACCGCCAGCGCAUGGUGGAGAUCAUGUUCGAGUGCUUCAACGUCCCCUUCACCUACGUGGCCAUGCAGGCGGUGCUGGCGCUCUACGCCGCCGGCAGGUCAACGGUAUUUCUCUUGGUGCAUCUGGUUGAAGGUGUGGUGUUUGACUCCGGAGACGGCGUGAGCCACAGCGUGCCCGUGUUCGAGGGCUACUGUCUACCGCACGGCGUGCAGCGCUUCCCUCUGGCGGGCGCCGACGUUACGCUUCAUCUGAAAAAGCUUCUGCAGGAGCGAGGCGUGUGCAUGCGCACAACGGCUGAGAUGGAGAUCGUGAGGGAGAUGAAGGAGAGCUGCUGCCGCGUUGCCGUGGACUACGAAGCCGAGCUGAGGCGGGGGGGCGCGUCCUGCGGAGAGAUGCAUUACAGCAUGCCGGACGGACAGGUCGUCACCCUCGGCACGGAGAGGUUCAGGGCCCCUGAGAUUCUCUUUAAACCCGAGCUGAUUGGACGGGACCAUUACGGGAUGCACGAGAGCGUCUUCAAGUCCAUCCUCGGCUCGGACGUCGACCUGCGGCGCUGCUUCCUGGGAAAUAUCGUGCUGUCGGGGGGGAACACUCUGCUGCCGGGCCUGCCCGAGCGCCUCCAGGCUGAAAUCGGAGGCCUCGUCCCCGCCGACGCGAGGGCGAGCGUCCGCGUCACCGGCCCGGAGGACCGAGACUUCUCGGUGUGGCGCGGCGGCGCGGUGCUCGCCAACCUGCCCGCCUUCGGCGCCGCGUGGAUCAGUCGGGAAGAAUACGAGGAGCACGGGCCGCAGAUCGUCUUCAGGAAGUGCUUCUGAGUCGUGUGACUGUUUCCACGAGUGCAAUAUAAAUGUGGAUCGGACGGAGCCAUAAGACCCUUUCUUUAAAUAUACAUUUGUCUUUUUACGUGUUGAAGUCGGUUUCACCCUAGUCUUCGACUGAGAUCCACCAACGCUCCAUGGAGGAAGUUGGUGUUUAUGUCCGUGAAAUUCCCGCCAGUUGAUGAUGCCCCUCCCCGAGAAUCGUUUACCAUUUAUUUUUUUAAAUGUGUCUUCCCAUUUUGGGAAAGUAUUUCUGUGUCUUGAAGUUCUGCUCGUGGUUUAUGGGACGAGAAUUGAAGCUGGCCUUUGAUCAACGUCAACUUUAUAGCCAGAAUGAGCAGCAUAAGUUAUAUAUUAAUCUAAUAUCAAAUUUAUGAUUUAUAUUUAUACAACAAUUUAAAGUAAAUGUGUGUUUAUGUGAAACAUGGUGAAAGUUUGGAUUCAUUUUGGAGCUAUGAUUUUUUGAAUGUUAUUAUAGCAGCAUAAUCAUUUCUAUUGUUUAGUGCCACUGUUAGGAAAAAUAUUAAUACAAAUAGUUCCCAUGUUAUCAAUAUAACAAUAUUUUUGGAAAAUAAUUGAUGACCUACUUAUACAUAUUACGACUUGUUUUUACCUCCUAUAAUAUAGGAUAUAUAUAUGUUGUAAUUUUACAAUAUUUUUUUUACUUAUUGUAAAAUUCGUUCUUUUGUCAAAGUAUUUAUUCUUUUGUUUCUCUUGGCUUUGGCUCUGACAAUAUUUUUAAAGUAAAAUGUCCGCAAACUCAAAAUCGUAUCUAUAGAAGUUAACUUUUCCUAUCGGUGGCCCUAAAACUCCCAAAAAUGUAAUCUGACACGUCCGUUUCCUGCUGCUGCAGCAACAUGAACGGGAGGGGAGAACGGGAGCCUUCUUGGGCUGAGGAGUCAUGCGUCGCUGCUGGUUAUUUCCUUCACUUGAGUGAACGUUUGGUUUUGGGAAGGUUGGCAUACAGCUGGAGAAGAGAUGAAGAAGAAGCAGUGCAUGGAGGAAGAUGUUCCGUAAUGGUCUGGUUCUGCCUCUCUAAUAGAUGAUCAAUGUACUGUUGCAGGUAACGUGUUUCUGGAAUAUUUUAUUAUUUGAGUGCAGUGACUUGCCACUAGUUGUUUAUUUCUAAAUUAUCUUCUGAUCUGAGAACAGUGGAUGUGUGUGUUUUAUAUUUUUUCAUCUUUAUUUUUAUAUUUGCACAGUAGUGUUGAUUUAUUUAGAUUUUUUGAUAGGCGUUCCAAAGGUGCCAAAACUGCUGCAUUCACCUCAAUGCUAGUUAUUCUGAAAACUCCACUUUGCCAACCGGUUGUAUUUAUACUUCCUCAUUUGUGUGAAUGUUUUGCAUGAGAGAUUUGUUUUUUGCAUGUACUUUCUUUUUGUCUUUUGCAUGUACUUCCUUUUUGUUGUUUUGCAUGUUUUUUUUCUUGGGGGGGGGGGCUUGUCAUGUGACCUUAAGUUCAGCUCUCGAGUGGAAACCAGCGUGACAUGUGACUUAUCUCUGCUUCUGCCCGUACGCCAUACCCUAGAACUCGCCAGUGUGAUGUGUUCACUGUCUCUGCCUCCUAAACGUAUUCUGUUACAGCCUGGACUGAGUCUGGCAAUGUUUCACCCAAACCAUGAUAUUUAUGUCAUGUCUAUUUUUUGUUUUUUAAUAAUAAAAGUUUUAACCGUCAA